AUGGCCAACAUCGGCACCACCCUAAAGUUCACAAUAAUUCUCUCAUUGCUCAUUAAUCCUCUAACCCUUUUCACCAAAUUAGUAUCUUCCACUAAUGACAUAGAAAAUGAUGAAGAUGAUGAAGAGUAUGUUGUUGAGACCCCAUUGUUAUUAAGAAGGCAUAAAGCAACAAGUAGGUUGUUGUCAAGCAUAAUAAUCAAGAAAGGUGCACAUUGUGAUGUUGUGACUAACAACAUAUGCAAUGGGAUCCCAGCAAACAAAGGAAAAGGCCUUCUCUUUUGUUGCAAGAAGCAUUGUAGAAACGUUGUAAGUGAUAGGAACAAUUGUGGAGUUUGUGGCCACAAAUGCAAGGUACUAGGUGAGAGAUGCUGCAAUGGAGUUUGUACUAAUGUUUGGUAUAAUGACAAUCAUUGUGGAAAGUGUAACAACAAGUGUUCAAACGGUGAUAAAUGUGGGAAUGGAUUCUGUGGCUAUGCCUGA